AUGUCAGAGACACCGAAACCACACUGGCUGGUAGGAAUGAAACCGUUGUUUCGAAAUGACCCAGAUGGCCCGAGGUUCCACGAUAACUGGUCUUGGGACAAAGAUAAAGGCAAAAGAACGCCACGAAAAUUUUGGCUAACUCGCUGCCUAGAAAAAGGGUCAUUUGGCGAGGUAUGGGUGUUGCAGCGAAAUGACCUUAGGCGAGAUAAACCAGUAGAGUUUGCCGCUAAAGUCGUCAGAAAACAUGCCGGCCAUGACGGCGUACCAAGAUCGCCGGGGACAAAAGCAGACGUGACGACAUCGGUGUUCAUGGAGGCGAAGAUAUUGGCAAGACUGAGGCACAAGCACAUCGUUAUGUGCUAUGGAGCUUUCGAGAACGAUGAUUCUUGGCUAAUCGUUCUUGAAUAUGCUGAAGGAGGCGAUAUCUUUCAUCGAUUGCAAGAUAUGGGGAUGUUCUCCGAAGCAAUUGCAGCUCAUUAUGUAAGGCAGAUGGUCGAUGCAAUAGCAUACCUUCAUUCAAACAAUAUAAUUCACAGAGACAUAAAGAUUGAAAAUUUCCUCAUUAAAAGUCCAUGGAGCUACUCUACAACUUAUAAAAAAGACAAUCUCCUGCUCUGUGAUUUUGGAUAUGCUGUCUAUAGUGAAAGUGGAUGGACAUGGGGUGCGUGUGGAACGCCAGAGUAUGCUGCCCCAGAAGUUUAUGAAGGGUAUGGACUGCCUAGUUCUGAAUACUAUACUAAAACGGUAGACAUUUGGUCGCUCGGAGAAACAGCAUACAAGAUUCUAACUGGGUCGCAUUUAAUUUAUGCCUGCGCAGAGAUGUGCUUUGACACUGAAAACCGAGACUGGGAGAGGGCCGUCACUAAUGGCGAUAUUGCAGACAUACUGGAAGAGACGGAUAUAAGUGAAAAAGGGCAAGAGUUUCUGCGUUUCUGUCUAAAUGUUGAUCCGGAUAGGCUGCCUGCAAAGGAGCUUCUAAACCAUAAGUGGCUUAGUAGCUGCAAUGAUAAAUAUCUGGACCACGAAGCAAUGAAAAAAUGGAAGGCAGAUUUGAUAGCUAUUAGAGGACACAAUGUAUUCGCUGGGAAGUUACGAAAAAUGCGAGCUGCCAGUGCGAAAGGCAAAGUUAAUACAUCGUCCAGUACGUCUCAUAAAGGAGCAACAGAUCAGAAGCAGUACCAGCUCCCGCUACGAGACAAACAUACAGGGACGAAAACAAGUCAGAGUAGAGGCGGAAAGAAACGACACAGUGGGAAACCGAGUGGGACAAGAUUUGAAAAAUGA